GUAAGAAGGCAUUCAUGUUUCGUGUUGGGGAUCUGAGGGAGGGUGUGGUUGUUUACCAUCACUCCGACAGUGACACCACCCACGACCACAUCGUCUUCCGCAUCAGCGACGGCCAUCACAACAUCCGCCACAAGUUCCCCAUCAACAUUCUGCCCAAAGACGACUCCCCGCCCUUUCUCAUCAACAACGUGGCAGUGGAGGUGCAGGAAGGUGGUGCCGUGAGGCUGGAGCAGUUGAUGCUGUUGGCUUCUGACCUGGACUCCAGCGACGACUACAUUCUGUACCAGGUGACCUCCAGCCCUCGGGCGGGGCAGCUGCUUAGGAAGACCUCCACCCAGGAGACAGGAGAUCCAGUGGAGAGUUUCCUGCAGAGAGGUCUGAUCCAGGGUCAGAUCUACUACCAGCACUCAGGAGAGGAACAGUUCGAGGACUCCUUCGACUUCACGCUGUCUGACAGCCACCAGCCGCCCUACCUCUCCCAGACAUAUACGGUGGUGGUCCAUGUUUUCCCGGUGAAGAACCAGCUGCCGGUGGAGGUCUCCGGCAGCAUUCGCUCCCUGACGGUUAGGGAGACGGAGGUGGUUCAUGUCACUCAGGCUCACCUCCACUUCACCGACCGGGAGCAUCCAGACACAGACCUGAGCUACGUCAUCACACAGCCCUGCAUCAACCCGCUGCAUCCUGGGCUGAUGGAUACGGGACGUCUGUUCUACACAGACAUAACCAACAGCAUGAAGAAAGACCACAUGGUGCCGGUGUUAAAGUCCUUCACACAGGCUCCGCCCUCUACUGGACUCUAUGGGUACAGUGGGUGGAGCCCCGAUGUAUACGCGCACUGUCGUCCAACAACAACAUUCCACCCUACUGCCCCUGACCGGCUUUUCUGGUCAACAGCUGCUGCCCCACAUUCUCCUUUAACCCAGUUGUGA